UCUAUUCUCUUCUUAUGUCCAGGAAUUGUUGAGAAAACUUCAGGAAUCUAAUCAAGAAUUUUUACAUUACUUUCAGAAUUUUUACCUGAGCAGAAAAGAAAUUUGGGCAAAAUGUUUUCGAAGUGGGGAAUUUGGAAAUGUUCAUACAAAUAUGUUUGUAGAAAGUUUUCACAAUCAACUUAAAACUAUAUAUUUUGAAGGAAAACGCAAUAGACGGAUUGAUGUUUUGGUUGAUACCCUCUUACAAAUUGAAAAAAAUCUGUUCAUGACAAGACUUCGUCGUUUAAGUUAUAAUUUGCCCUCUGGUGAAAAUAUUAAUAAUUUUAAUCGUCAUCAGAGAAGUUUAGAAAUUGAUGAUUCCUGUAUUUUUCAAAUCAGUGACUUUUUUUUUACAGUUACUUCAUUUGAUUCAACGUAUGACAUAAAGAAACUAGUUGACAUAUGCAGUGAGAAGUAUUGCUUCAACAAGUGUAAAACAUUUCCUUGCAUCGACCUUUGUAAACAUCUUUUUUCAUGCUCCUGUCUGGAUUACAAAAAUGGUCAUGUUUGUAAACAUUUGCACAAAAUACAUGCAUUUGCCAACCUUAAUUCACAUAAAGAUCAUCCAUCUAAUGCCAAUACAGACUUUUCGUCAAAACAAUAUGCAAGUAGCAGGGACACUGAUUCUUCAACAUCUACACGUGAUUGUACUGAACUAAAGAUACAGCACAUUGAACAGAAAUUAAACACAAUAGCUGAAAAGAUUAAAAACAACCCAUCAGUUCAAAACCACAGACUAGACAAUAUUUUAAGUGCAUUAGACCAUAUUAUUGCAGCAAAUGAGGGUAGCAAUCAAAUACACAAUUCUAUGAAAGAUUUCAAAAAGACAGAGAAAAUUUCUUCUAAUGCUAAGAAUUUGUUGCAGCCUAGAUUUAGACCAACUGUCAAAAAGCCUGGUCGGAUCCCAAAACCCCGUCUAAGAAAACCAACAGAGGAAGAAAUGAGGAACCUUCUUCCUAAUGUCUCUGGAUCAUCUCAAGACUCCACAGUGCCAGUUUCGUUGCCAGGACCAUAUGUGGCUCCGUAUCCUCCCCUGAGACUGGUUCCACCGACAACCAAUACACUUCCUACACAACCUGCACCACAGCAAAGUGUAUUCAGUGUUGAAACUGGUUUGGGGCAGCCAACAUGGAUGAGAGUGCCUCCCUCUAUGCUUGGUAGGAGGAUUGUAACCACCAUCAAUGGCAAGAAACAGGUCAUUGUGUUCACAAGAGAAGACCAAAGAAAUGAUCCUGCAGACAAAGAUGGGGUGUGAAUUGGGAUAAAAUGAAGAGUCUUGUAGUUUGAUUUUCAAUACAUCAAUUUCUGUUUUCAGGGUGGAUAAAUUCAUAAGGAUAAGUUUCUUGCAGAGAAUGAUAGUAGGACAGCAAGUCAGUCCUGUAGUAGGCUGGCAAGGGUGAAAGGACAGUGUUCAUCUGAGGUCCUAGGCCCCUGUUCUGCUUCAUUCUCUGAUUGGUUUUAGUUCAUAAGUUUGGAUUUGGAUUAGGAUAAGUUUCUUGCAGUGGAUGAUAGCAAGUGGAUGAUAGAACAGCAAGUUAAUCCUUAGUAGGCUGGCAAGGUUGAAAGGACAGUGUCUAUCUGAAGUCAUUCUUUUAUUAAUAGUUUUUGCUUUGUGUUUAAUAGAAACUUGGUAGUCUAGUCUUCAGAAAUGUUGUUGUUUUUUAGAGUUAUUGUUCAUUUUGCUAGUUGUUUUUUGUUUGAAUUAAUUUAUGGUUCUAUAUUUUAAUAUAUUAACUUUAAACCAAGUACUUUGCAUGUACAGGUAUUAUAAAUAUUAAUGAGACAAGUGAGUGACUUUUAGAAGUUAGUAUUUACUGUCAGAUUUCACAGUUCUUUUCUCCAUGUUAAAAUCAAAUAUUUGCAAUGGAUCAUUCUUAUCCAAUUAAAUGCGAAUAAUAAAUUAUGCAUUCAGUACCUUUUAUUCAAAUUCUUUUGUCUUGUUUGGUCAAAUUGAAUGCUUGAUAUAUCACUAGUACAUGUACUUGAUUUAAGGUUAUUUCUUUCAUUUUUUUUUUGCAUGCUUUUUUUCCUGAACCAUUGAUAGGCCCUUUGUUUUCUAAAAGUUUCAGUAUCAUUUCAUAUUUAUUUGAUGUACAUUGCAUUUGGUAUAUUUAAGAAAUAAACAGCAAUGUUAAAAAGUUCACUGGGAUAUAAAGUUAGUUGGUAACAUGAUUAAAUCUUAGAAGCCCAUCAGGCUUCACAGGAUUUGAUCAUGUGACCAACCAACUUCAUAUCCCAGUGAACUUUUUAACAUUGCUGUUGAUUACAUAUAUUUACAUUUGAGAAAGACAAAUCGUUCAGAACUAUUAAUAUUACCUAGAUUUUAUGUUUACAAUAAUCCAACUGAUAAGCGAUAAGCGCGUGCUAUGAUCAUUGCGAUGUCACAAAAACGUUCAUACAGAAUUGAACGUUUUCGCUAUUCUAUAGAUUCAUAUAAGGAAACAUAUUUGCAAAUGUAAAUAUAUAAAUAUAUCCAAUUAUUUUUAUGAUGAUCUUAUUUUUAGCUUUUUGUAAUAACUUUCACAGCAUAAAAAAUUAGAAUAAGCAAAAAUUAUAUAUUUUUAUAUUGUUUGUAAUUAAAAUUGCAAUAAUGACUCAAAAAGUUCCAAAUUUACCCAUAUUAUUAUUAUUUUUUUUUUUUGCAUAUUGUGUGACACACAAAUAAAAUUGACGUAUGGUAUUGCCUGUUUAUCUAUUGUUUCAAGUUCUUUGAAAUUCUUUGGAAAGUUAAUGCACAUAAUUAUCUUUAUGAUGUUUCUGUAUAUUUAACAUAACACAAAUCCAUGGUGAAAACAACUUCUGUACAUACAUAUCAUUUCCAUUUCCUUUUUUUUUCAAUUCAUUUCACUGUACUAAAUUUAGUAACAUUUCUAAAAAAAAAAAUUCUUUAUAUAUCAAUAUGUAUAUACAUGUUUAUGUAAAAGUCUUUAUACAGUGAAUCAUGCUAAAUUUUAUGAAUAUUUGAUAAGCUUCCAAACCAGCAGCCAUGAUUAGAAACUUUCCUAAUAUUGGUCGAGAACAUUUUCUUUCAGUUGUUUUUUUUAUAAGGGCCGAAACCUUCUUGGUGCUUUUUCUGAAAUUUUUUGGUAUAAUAUUGAUACGUAUACUAGUAAUUUAAAGAAAAUUUUGUGAUAAAAGAACAAUAUAUAUUUCAAAUUUAUUUAAUCAAUUUUGCACCAAGAAGGUAUCAGGUUAUAAAUAUGUUCUCUUACCUGACUGAUGAGGCCCAAAGAGAACAUUUAAUUAAGUAUCAGUAUGUAAUACAUGUAUAUCAGUACAUGUACCGGGUAUUUGUAAUUUACAGAGAAUUAAGAAAUAUCAACUAAAUAUAUUUUUUUCCAUCAGCUUACUUGAAAUUAAGCUCAAUGAUUAUACAAUUUAGUCUGCAGGGAGUUACAUUAAAUCAAAAUCUAGCUCAUAAGGUUUCUAAUUCACCAUUAAGAUUUGCCAAUUUCUAGUAGGGUAUGUUGACCGUGUUCAAUUUAUUUUUGUAAUCAGAUAUUCUGCACAGCACAGCCAAUGCAUUAAGUUGCCUAUAUCACAAUCAGACUAAAGCAGAAAAGUAUCAAUCCACCUGUUGUUGUGUUUGAAUAAUAUAACUCGGCAUGAAAGACAUUUUAAUCUUCUCGAUGUAAUAUUUAUAUUUUAUUUUACACUGCAAUAUCUUUAAUAAUGAGUAGAAGGUGUAAGAUAUUAAAUGAAAUUGGGGGAGAGGGUCAGUGGCGAUUGGUCUUAUGGGGAAUAUGCAUUGACCUGUAAAAAAAAAUGUAAUACCUGGCAUAUCUAGCAGGCAAACUAAGUGCACCAGAGGGAUGAGCAAGUAGGCUUUACUGAAUUCAAACUUAAUGGAUUGUUUUCAAUUUAAAAGUACAUUAUCUUGUGUAAGAGCCAAAAAAAACCCCAAAAGGAUUACAUAACAAAACUUUUUUAAGUUUGAAGCUGUUAACAUUUUU